UUUAGUUUCGGUUGUAUUCUCGUCGUAGUCGGUUGCAUUUUAUUUGGAAUAAUAUUUAUUUGUGAGCCAGGCACGAGACUAAAAGUCGUUAAAUAAUUCAAAAACAAAACGCAAACAAAAAUUAUCUCAAACUAAAGUCGUACUUAUAUCUACGAUUGAGAAGAGAACAAAAAAAAUAAUCAACAAUUUUGCAGGCCUACAUUGUGCAGAUCACUUACACUAUUUUGUGUAAGUGAAUAAAUAAGAUUUUGCAAAACACAAAAUAAAAGUGUAAUCGUUGUUGUUUUUGUUUUUUUCCAUAACGAACGAACGAGUCUUGACCGAGUAUAAUAUAAAAAAUAUAAGUUGCGGAUGUUGUGAAUAGUUUACAAGAUCAUUUUCAAAUAUAAAUAAAGGAUAAUUGUGUCACAUUUUCAUCCUACUACACUUUGUAAAUUAUUAAAAUAUAAUAAUAAAUUAAUAUGAACAAAUAAUGUUUAAAAGUGUCUAUUGAUGCCAGUGAAAUAAAUUUAUACUCAAAAAGUACAAUAUCGAAAAUGUACUCAAUUAAAAGUGAAAACAAAUCUCGAAUUAACAAUAAUAACAAUAGUUUUUGUCAAAAAGACAUACAAUUUACAUCAUCGAAAUCUACCAACAACAAUAAUUUUGACAUUUCAUGUCUUAAUCGUCUUCUUCGUCAUCCUCAACGACGUCAGUGUCCAUCAUCUGAAACCAUGACGUUGAACUUUGACACAAUCUCAAGUCGAAUGUCACUAUUGACAACAACAAAAAAACCAAACCCACAACCACCAGUAGCGUCUUCUAAACCCCAAACAUCACCAUCAUCAAAAUCAUCAUCAUAUCCAUAUGCCAUCGACAACAUCGUCGUCGUCGUAGUUGGUCUACUAUCAUUUCUACUAAUUAAUAUAUCCUGUGUCGAAGCUAGUAACAUCAUCAGAGAACACUCAAGUCCAAUGAAUCUGGAAGGCAAGGUCGGAUCGUAUGUCGUGUUCAACUGUCGAGUUGACUUUCCAUACGAUUAUCACAUUCCAUAUGUCGUCCAUUGGAGCAAAGAUAACAAGAAAAUCUUCACUUGGUACGAUGGGGAUGUUUCAACGAGUGAACUCUUCUCGGGCCGCUUGAGUUUGGUCGACAAUCACGGUGACUAUGGCAAGGCUUCAGCAAAUCUCACCUCCAUUCGAGAAUCCGAUCAAGGUCUCUACCACUGCCAGAUAAUAUUCCCCAAUCGAACGCCAAGCUAUCGCAACAAUGGCACCUUUUUCCAGCUCACCGUUGAGGGUGGUUCCUUGAUAAAAAUUCCACCCAUCAAUCAAACCAUAAUGGAGGGGCAAACUGCAUUUUUCCAUUGUGUCAUGAAAUUUCCCAACACCUCGAAUGUAACAUGGUACAAGGAUGCUGUAGCCCUGAACGAACAACACGACCUUCAACGUCGUUCCCGCAUGGGACCCGAUGGCAGCUUGAGCAUUGACCCGACGAUGAUGAGUGAUUUGGGUGAAUACGAGUGCAAUGUGAAAAACAACGACGGUGAGGUGCAGACCGCCAAGGCGUAUCUCAACAUACAAUACAAAGCAAAAGUGAUUUACUCCCCGCCGGAAGUGUACUUACCCUAUGGUCAACCGGCAGUGCUCGACUGUCACUUCCGUUCGAAUCCACCGCUAAAGAAUCUUCGUUGGGAGAAGGAUGGACUACUCUUUGAUUCAUACAACGUUCCAGGUGUAUUCUAUAAAAUGAAUGGCAGCUUGUUCUUCAGCAAGGUGGAUGAGAAUCACUCGGGCAGCUAUACCUGCACUCCAUACAAUGAGUUGGGAACGGAUGGCCCAUCACCAAUCAUUAAUGUGAUUGUUCAGAGGCCGCCAAUAUUUACCAUCAGUCCGAAAGCGAUUUACAUUCACAAGCUUGGUGAAAAUGCGCAACUUUCGUGUGAAGCCAGCGAACGUGACGGCAAUCACCUGCCAACAAUGGGCUGGACUAGGAAAGAUGGAAUACCUUUGCCAGAGGGAAGAUACAAAAUCGAAGGGGGCAAUUUGACCAUCGAGGGAAUAAUUGAAUCAGAUCGCGGCAUCUAUGAGUGUUCGGCAACAAAUGGAGCAGCCACAAUAACAGCGGACACAGAAUUAAUGAUUGAAAACGUGGCUCCCAGGCCUCCGCAUAAUUUGACAGCAAACAGUACUGAGACUGCAAUCACGGUCCGAUGGCAACCAGGAUAUUUGCGACCUAAUUUGGAAUAUAUCGUCUGGUAUCGACUGUCGGAUGCAGCUGAAUGGCGCACAAUACGAAUCCUCACGAAAAACGUUAUGGAAGCGACAAUCAAAAACCUCAUCCCAGGCCGGGAAUAUGAAUUUAUGGUUCUUAGCCAGGAUCGAUAUGGGGACGGAAUGUUUAGUAAAUUAUUCCGUUAUUCCACCAAAGGUUCGGAAUUUAGUGAACCGGAGCAGUUUCAUGACCCAAUUGCACCAUCGUCAUCAUCAAGUCGAAUGGGACCACCUAGAAAUUUGACAGCUCUGGAGAAUUCCCAUGGCUACUUAUUGCAUUGGGAUCCCCCAGUUCACGGUCUCGAUAGCCUGCGAUUGUAUGUGAUUCAAUGGUGGCGGGAACCGGAACACUAUCUCAUCGGAUCGGCGGAAACUAUUGACACCUACUACCAACUGAGACACCUGAAGGAAGAUGCCAUCUACAAGGUUCAGAUCUACAGCCAAUCUAUCAGUGGCGACAAGGAACCUAGCAAUGAGUUGGAAAUAGUGGUGCCGUCUCAUCGCAAAAUGAGAGCUGUCGUUAUAGGCAGUGCGGUGGGGUUGAUUUUCCUGGUGACCGCUUUUUGUGCAUUUUUAUAUGUGAAACGAAGCUGUUUUCGACACUUGAAAGGCAAUAAUGAGAAGAUCAAUGAUACAUAAAAAUUCAAGAACAAAAUAACACCAGACCUACAAAUUAAUGAAUUUAUAUUAUUAUUUUGUCUUUUCUUAUACAUAAGUCAUACUUUUGUAACUUUCUUAUUUUUAUUUUUUGUUCUUGAUCCUCUUUAUUGCCUUUCCAAUCUACUUUAUCGAUCUUUAAAACCAAAAAUUAAGUUGUAUUCUAUUGUCUCUAUUUAUUUCGCUUAAAGUGCUAAAAAAAUAAAUUAAAAUUUUAAUGUGUAAAACAAUUAUUUAUCUAUGUUGAGUAAAAUUUUAAUUGAUAUAAAAGAAAAUAAUAAAAAAAUAAAUCUAUUCUUCAGUCCGUCUGAUGUGGAACGUA